UUGGUGCUGUCUGCUCUGCAGGCCUGUGCCCUGGACAGCUACAUCGCAGCGGUCUAUGAACACGCCGUCAUCCUGCCGGCUACUGCUGAUGAACCUGUUUCUCCUGAGGAUGCUUUGGCCCUGAUGAACAGCAACAUGGAUGUCUUGGAAGGGGCCAUCAAAGCAGCUGCCCAGCAGGGUGCCCACAUCAUUGUGACCCCUGAAGAUGGCAUUUACGGCUGGCGCUUCACCAGAGAAACCAUCUACCCCUACCUGGAGGAUAUCCCUGAUCCAGCGGUGAACUGGAUUCCCUGCACUGACCCCACAAGAUUUGCGCCUGCUCCAGUGCAGGAACGACUCAGCUGCAUGGCCAGGAAUAACUCCAUCUAUGUGGUUGCAAACAUUGGGGACAAGAAGCCGUGUAACUCCAGCGAUCCCAGCUGCCCCAAGGAUGGUCGCUAUCAGUACAACACUGAUGUCAUCUUUGACCCAGAGGGGAAACUGGUGGCUCGUUACCACAAGUACAACCUGUUCAGAGGAGAAACCCAGUUUAAUUACCCAAAAGAGCCAGAAGCCAUCACCUUUGAGACCCCCUUUGGGAAGUUUGGCAUUUUCACUUGCUUUGACAUCCUUUUCCGUGAGCCUGCUGUGGUCCUGGUGAGAGAGUUGCAGGUGGACACCGUGCUCUUCCCAACAGCUUGGAUGAAUGUCCUGCCCUUUCUGACUGCGGUUGAGUUUCACUCUGCUUGGGCUAUAGGCAUGGGUGUCAAUUUACUUUCAGCAAAUACUCACAACAUCAGCUUUGCAAUGACAGGCAGUGGGCUGUUCACACCGGAGGGACCCGUUGCCUACCAUUACGACAGUGAGACUGAUGAGGGGCGUCUCCUGGUAGCAGAGCUGAGUGCUCAACCCCGUCUUUCCCCCAACUACCCCCCGGCCAUCAACUGGAGCUUGUAUGCCACAAGCAUCAAGAAAUUUCCAGAAGAAGACACAUUUCUGGGAGCUGUUCGGAAGGAUAUAUUCACUUUCAGUGAACUCAGGCACAAAGGUAGAAAUUACACAGUUUGCCAAGGAGACCUCUGCUGUCAUUUGAUCUAUCAGAUGUCAAACAUGAGCAAAGAUGAAGUUUAUGUCCUGGGCGCAUUUGAUGGGCUUCAUGGUUCUCUCAUAAAAUACCACUGGCAGAUAUGCACUCUGCUCAAGUGCAAGAGCACAGAUCCAGAAACAUGCGGGCAGCCGGUGGAGACGGCUCAGACCAGGUUUGAGAUGUUCUCCCUCAGUGGCACGUUUGGCACCAACUACAUCUUUCCAGAAGUCUUGUACAGCGGGGUGCAGCUGGCCCCCGGGGAGUUCGAGGUGCUACGUGAUGGACGUUUGAAAAGUAAGCAUGGCACAUCAAAACCACUCAUAACAGCAACACUUUUUGGAAGGUUUUAUGAAAAGGACCUGCCUCAUCCUCUGCGAACAUCUACAUCCCAUAACUCAGCUGUUACACAGUCACCAUAG